AUUGAACAAAGAAGAAGCAAGAUGGCGGCCGUCAGCGGAUCUGUAGAAGUCGACUCUGUCUUUAUCAAGGCUUUGAAACUCUUACACUCCAAACAUCCUGAUUCUUUGGACCAGCUUCGUGCUCUAAGAGAUGAUGUCAUCAGACAGCACAACCAACAAGUUCCUGCUUCUUCUAAGGAAAAACCCAAGGAAGCCAAAUCAGGGCUUCAUUCUGAAAGAAGACCAAGUGCAAUAGUUAAAACAGCUGAAAUUAAAACCAAAUUAUCAGAGAAGAAACAUGACACGGAGGCUAAGCCAACAGUUCCUGUUAAAACAGAUCAUGUCAGAAACUUUGCUGUUGAAGAAGCAAGUGUCGAAACUCUGGAGGUUGGCUCAAGUUUGAUUGAGACUGUCGAGUUGAGUUCAAGUUCCUUCAUGGAUCAUAGUGCGGCAAAGAAGGCCAAGCUUCAGUUUGAUGUGGAAGAUGUGUUAGAUGAGGGAGGUUUAGAAUCUCCAAGUGCUCUCCAACCUGUGGUUGAUGACUUGAUGAUUGAUUGGGGUUCUGUCUGUGGUAUCUGUUGUAGAGAAGAGAGCAAAAUUCCCGGAAAUCAACUGGUGGAAUGCCAUGAGUGUCAUUCGCUUUAUCACCAGGUACAAAACAUUUCAAGGAUAUAAUUUUAAAUACAUUUUUUUUUUUUUUAAAUUCUCUGAAGCCAGUAUAAGAAACUACAGUGUACCAGUGAGAGUUUAGUGAGUGUUAGCUUUAAUUGCUAUCCACUGAAAAACGUUAAGUUAUGGAUCAAGUGAUUAUUGUAACAAAAUUAUUUGAAGAGACAAAAUUGAUUAAAACAAAAGAAUUGAAACAGUUUAGAAAAUAAAACUAAAUUCUGCAGUCAUGAAUACCUGCCCACCAGUACCCCCCACAAGAGAGCAAUAAAUGAAUACAUCAUCAAGGUUUUUGUAGAGUGUUCAUUUACAUGUACCUAGUGUAUUCCUAUUGCUGUGCCAUAGACUGUACAUGAAUCAUUAGAUACUUCUCUCAAACCUUGGUACUACAUGUGAUUUAAAAAAGCUGAGUGACCACUCAGCACUUUAAUUUGUAGUUGUGCAGCUACAUUUAUGUUGAUCCUUGGUCCUUAGAAUCAAUGAAUUAAUUAUUAGUGUUUAUUAAAAACUCUCUCUUAAGGAGCAAAUGAUAGUACAUGGGAGAGUUGUUUCUUUUUGAACACAUUCAGUUGUCUAAAAAAACAAAAAUUGGAUGAAAUUGUGAUCUACAUGUGGUUACCUAGGAGAAGACUAGCUUUGAAUUACUUAUACUUUCUUUUAAUUGUACUGCAGGAGGCAGGAAAGUUUCUAUUAGUCUGUUGAAAAGUCUGUUACAGUCUUGUCAACAAAUGGCUUGUAAUUCUCUCCCUUGUCUGGUUGUUCUGUUUUGUCUGUUUCUAAGUUUUAUUGGUGUAGUAAUCUUUGUUUUUCUGUGUUUGUGAGGGGAAUCCAAUUAGCAGUGGAAAACUGAAGGCAAAGAACAUUUUUCCUUCAUGUACCUCAUUCCUUAAAUUAUAUUAAAAAUAUUGAAAUUAUUGAAGCAUACUUAAAUGUUAAAUGGAAGAAACCAAACUUUGUUGGCUGAAAAGUGGAAGAAAAUUUAACAUCACUGAGAAAGGAAA